GUACAGCCAAUCCCGAAAAACUGCGUGAUCUUACCGCUGAACAUGCCAUAACUACGAUUGGCCUCUAGAAGAUAUCCAUGCUACUUCUAGUAUAUAAAGAGAGGCGGUAACGAUUUUGUGGGUUUAGAACUAGGAGGAGAAUCGUGUUUUGUAACAGUCAACGUAUAGCGGUCAAAAAGGAUUGGAAGAAACAUGUCUCAGGCUGACUUUGACAAGGCUGCAGAAGAGGUGAAGAAUUUAAAGGAAAAACCUAAUGAUGAAGAGAUGCUUGAGAUCUACAGUCUAUUCAAACAGGCUACAGUUGGUGACGUAAACACAUCUCGUCCUGGUAUGUUUGACUUCACAGGCAAGGCUAAAUGGGAUGCUUGGUCUUCAAAGAAAGGUAUGAGCAAAGAAGAUGCAGUGAAGGAAUAUAUCGCCAAAGUGGAAGAGCUGAAAACAAAGCAUGGAUUUUGAAGUAUUACUGAUUGGAAGAAACCACCCUCAUAGCAGAAUGUUCCUUGUUCAUUCAUUACCUUAAUUACUAUGCCUUAAACACCUCAAGGUUCCACAGCCAUGGAACACUUCUGAUUACAAAUGUUUUACUUUAAACCUGCGGUUACAAAUAAAGUCUUGCCUGUUAAGACGUAA